CUGUCGGUUAAUUGUAAAUUUCGUUUGAAACGCGCAGAUCACGAGAAGGAAGGAUAUGAUAAACUGUGGCCGAUGAAGAAAAGAGCACGAGCAAGAGUACGAGCAGCAGGAGCACGAGCAAGAAGAGCAAGCGGCUUCGUCGAGGAAGGCGAAAAGAAGCGGCGACGAGGCGGCAGCAGCAAUACCAAUAAAAAGAUCAACACUAGAUCUGAUGUUAGCGGACAUUAACGGUAACUUGGCGGAUCUGAGAAGCGAAGCGAUGGCGUCGCAGAGGUUUUGUCUGCGCUGGAAUAAUCAUCAAAGUAAUCUACUCUCCGUUUUCGACCAACUACUCCAUGACGAGUCGUUCGUCGAUGUUACGCUGGCCGUCGAGGGUCAGCUACUCAGGGCACAUAAGAUGGUGCUGUCGGCGUGUAGUCCCUACUUUCAGGCCCUUUUCGUCGGCCACCCCGACAAGCACCCGAUAGUCAUUCUCAAGGAUGUCCCCUACGUGGACAUGCGCAGCCUUUUGGAUUUUAUGUAUCGCGGGGAGGUCAGCGUCGACCAGGAUAGGCUAACCGCCUUCCUGAGAGUCGCUGAGUCUCUCAGGAUAAAGGGCCUGACCGAGGUAAACGAGGACAAGUGUGACCUGCCUAGUAUUACCUCGUCGUUGCUUGGCAAUCAGAACACGGUACCUCCGCCGCCGCCGAAUCUACAUAGAAUAAACCAAAUCGGGCCUCACCACCACGUGUCGCAGAAGAGGAUGCACCAUAUGUCGAGCCAUCCUCUUCUUGGUUCGGCCUUAUCCGCGCCAAAGAGGAAAAGAGGCAGGCCAAGGAAGCUCAGCGGCUCCUCCGACACGCCGAUCAGCGAGAUAUCGGGCCAGGAGAUGCAGUCCUGUUUGGGGACGGAUCUCGUCCAAGGUUCCCCAGAAAUGAUGGAGAUGAAGAUGAGUAUCGACUUUCAGAGCGAAAGCACCGGUAACACUGGUAGAGGCGGAAACGCCGGCACCGCUUCGGCAAGUAGUAACAACGUGAGCAGCAAUAACGUCGGCAACUCAGCGUCCACGGGAACCAGUCUGGCCGCUUCCUCCUUGUCGUCGUCGAAAAAGGAGGAACCAACGGAAAAUGGUACUGACACACCCGAGUCGCUAACACCUCGCGUCAAACGGGAACCUGAACCAACGCCUAGCACCUCUGCCCAAGCCUCGGAUGAAACGUUCGCGCGGCCGCACAGUAGACAAGGGAGCGAAGGUUUCAAGCAAGACUCGGAGGAGACGUCGAGUGGUGGUGGCUCGCAGUCACCGACUCACAUUCGCAUCAACUUCGAGCGAUGCUUUCGCAAGGAGUACAGCGCGUCGUCACUCCAAGGGAAAACAUCGUCAACGGCAACGACAGCGUCGAUGGACGACUCGCAACAAUAUUCCGAUUCCGAAUCGGAGCAAAAGGUGUCGAAAGACAAUAUGAGCAGUGCCAUAUUUAAUCUGGUCGCCGGUGAGUCGGAGAUCAGUCAGAGCGACUUCGAGGGAUCGUUUAAGGUCGAGAACGAGAGAACGGAAGGUUCGGUGCGGGACUUCUGCGUGAAAGAGGGCGACGUAUACCGGUGUACCGUAUGCCAUCGUACCUACACACACAUCAGCAAUUUCUGCCGGCACUACGUCACCUCACACAAGCCUAACGUCAAGUACUAUCCUUGUCCAGUUUGUUUUAAGGAAUUCACGCGGAAAGAUAACAUGGUCGCCCACGUUAAAAUCAUACAUAGCCUUAAGCCGCACAUGAGUCUUAGCAGCAGUGGCAGCAGUAGUAUGGGCCAGCAGCGGUAGACCGCUGUCAGUACGUCCUCUCUUCUCAGGCUACGUUCCCUGGCUCUUUCCCUUCGUUCUGUCUCUUGAGAAACAAAGCAAAAUUACCGUUACCGACCAUUACCGCUCCUCCCACGUUUCUGGGCAGGCGUUCUCAACGGGGCAUAGUAUCACUUCGCGUCGUACAAUCGUCGAUGAAUCGUUGAACAAAUCGUUGAUCGAUUUCUUCGUCGUCGGCAAGAGUCAGGGCAACGUUUACGCAUAGGAGAGACACGGAGCGAACGAAGAAGAACCGCGUGAAAAGCUCAAGAGAGAGAUGCGAGCGUACGUGUCAGUGGCUUUCCGGAAUAAAAACUCAUGGCUGUAAAAGAAAGGAUAAAAAGGGGGGAAAAAAAAAGAAGAAAGAAAGAAAGAAAGAAAGAAAAGUCGCAGUGUUUCGAACGAACGAAGAGAGAACAAGUAGUCGCGUUAGGUUAAUAGUUGUAGUUUAUAAAGUACAAUUAGUACGCAGAGAGUUGGUAUUGGGGAUAAAAACUAGUGAAACGAAUCACGAAAGCCAUUGGGGGAUCGGAGUAAAUAUAGAUAGUCAAUCAAGUACGCAAGCUUUAAACGCUUGAUCAUCGUUGAACGGGUACAUUCGUUUCUUCUUUUACACAUUUCACGAACGUUUGAUCAAACAUCAAACAAAAUGGAACAAGAAGUCGAGGACGUUCCCACGGAUAUUUGCGGAAAGUUAAUCGUGGACCACGCCGCCGCCAUGUUAAUUCAAAUAGGCUCAUCUGCUCAAAAGAAAUACGACGUUUUCAGUAUUUAAAAAUCAGGCAUCGAACUGUUCGUUCGCACCUUCAGUUUCAAUGCUUCAGUUAAUAUUUUUUUGCCCGUUGCAGCUCGGAACAAUUUCUUGAUGGAAAUUCGAACGGUGAAAUUGACAAAAGGGAACCGGGAUUUUAACAAAGGGACGCAUGAUAUUAAACGUAGCAGCUAGUACAGAUCAAAUAUCUUUUGUUCGCAAUUAUACAAUCGUACAACUACUGGUUUUCUCUUGAUUCGUUCGGAAGUUCGUUCUUUCGGACGAGGUCGGCCAGUGCGGCCUGUCAAAUAACCGAAAGCUCCCUUUUUCUCAAUAGAUGAUUUUUCGAGCGCGUAACACGCAACGGGCAUUAAGAUACAAACGAAACGAGCUUUACUGCGUUCCUUCCCCUCAAGGGAGUCGCGGAUAUUAUACAAAUGAGAAAAGAAACAAGGAACAUGAGGAAGAAAGGAAGAUAUGCGCAUACAAAGAGUUUAUAUACGAUUGAACCGGUGUACACUCGUUUAGUCGUCUUAACGUAGUUAACGCGACGAUGGGGAUCAGUUAUAGAGGCAAGAAGAAGGAAAAAGGAAAAAAAAAAAGAAAGAAAGAAAGAAAGAAAGAAAACGCAAAAACGUAAAUCCAAAUCAACAAAGAGUAUAUUUACUAUUGUGUGACUAUUAUAUUACGGAGAGAAUCAAACGUGUGUUGCAUGUAGCAUCGAAAAUGUGCAUACGUUUUAUCGAGGAGAACACGGCGGUACAUGCAUACACACAACACAAUAUAAAUAAGGGAACCACGUAGACUGAGUAAAUGCAAUAUAUAUGUAUGAUGACCGUUCGCCAUGUUGUUGAGCCGUUGAGCUGUUGUCAAGCUGUCGAGCCUGAUUCGAAGUUAUAUAGUAGCGUAAUAGGGAGCCAAGGUGGAAAGAAGUCCGCGGUUAGGGCAGGGAAGGAUGGAGAUAGUUAAUGGGGAAAUUAACGGAACGGGACAUGCAAUUCUUGAAAGACUGCAGAGGGACGGUUUUAACGACACCAAAUACAAGAUAGUACUGACAUUGGAUAGACUGAAGGCACUUUAGUAGUAACUUAACGCCAUAUCGUACUGUACCGUACUCUAUUGAACAAAAACAUUCUGUGCUUAGCCAGUACAACUGGACACAGUUUUACUGAUAUAUAUUCUAUAUAUUCUGUAUAUUAUAUAUAUUGUAUUAGAACGCAUGGAUUUCUAUCGUUGCCCAACGUGUAAAUGAUACGUUCGUUUAUUUCUCGGUUCGAAACUUGAAAUGAAAACGCGGGGUGAAAAAUCUAUAAUACGUGUAAUUGUUCCGAGGGCGGAAAAGAGGAGGGAAAACAAAAACAAAAA